AUGGACAAGCGCUCUCUCUACACCUCCUUGUGGCUCCUAGCUGCUCUGCUGGCCGCCUCGGGGGCCGGCGGCGCACCCACCGGUCGUAGCCUGCUUCAGGCGGCAAUCACCGCCAAGCCCGCCAAGGGUUUGCCCGCCAAGGCGGCCAGCACAUCGGCCGUCACCCCGACUACGACUGAGUCCGGGCUCACCGACCUGCCCGCCGCAACCUCCGGGGCACCCGCCGUCCUUCCUGGAGCAGCGGCUCCCAAGGCGGCGAAGACUGAGAAACGAGCUCCGAGAGCUACCCCCAAGCUGGGCAUUGCGAUCGAGGCGCUCAACGUCACGGGAGUCGCGAACCUGCUAACCAACGAGACCGUGGCAACCAUAUUUACUCCGGACGACGCCGCCUUCAUCAGUCUCGCCAGUCGGCUCAACAUGACGGUGGGCGAGCUGCUGACCAACCCCCUGGCGUACAAUCUGACGCGGCUGUCCAUCAUCCCAGAUGUGGCGCUACGCAGCAAGGACCUCGUCCCGGGAGUAACGGUGACUGAGCCCUCGUUGAUGGGACCCAACCUGGAAAUCACACGUGUCGGGUGGGCGGUCGUGCAUGUCAUUGACAAGGUGCUGGUGUAA